CCCCCCCAAAACUGAAUAAAAUGGCUCAUUUACCUAAAACACAAAUCUAAACUUAUUAAUUUAACCACAUGAACUGUUUAAAACUUCUAGUUGGCAAAGCGAGAUGUGAUUUAGUCAAUAACCCGGAGGGGAACGCUGCCUGGAAGACAAAACUCUGGACAAAAUGUCGGCAGGUUUAAGUUCGAGUUCAAAACAUAGCACGGAGGCUAUCAGGAAGCUAGCACGCUGUCGUUUACAAGUAUAAACAGCUCAUUUAGGAUUUCCUUUUUAAUAUUUUGUGAUAAUAAUAAUUUUGAGAGAACUCCAACGAUACUUGUGGCUACAGCAGGUGGCAGUAUGCGCUCUCCAGGUUAGCUUGUGAGCGAAGAAGAAGAAGAAGAAGAAGAAGAAGACAGAGCCCAUGUGUGACUCAGUAGUAAGUUCGUCUCCUGUCUGACAUCUAAUGCUGUCCCAAUGGCCUCACUGAGGAGGAUCCAUUCAUGGUUACCUCUCCUGCGGCGAGCCUGCACACAGACCACCUCCUCCUGCACCUCCGCCCUCCUCCACACAGCUCAGCAUGCAGCUGCAGGGAGACGUCUGUCCUCCCCGCAGCUCAGGACGUUUGCACUCUCUGCAGGGAGGCUGAAGGACACAGAUGACUUCAUCACAGGACUUAACGAUGAGGAGGAGGAAGGAGAAGAUGAUGAGGAUGAAGAUUUCAUCGAUGAUAAGGAGGUGGAGGAGCUGUUCCAGCAGCAGGCUCCUGCAGGCAUCGGGGAGGGUCAGCACAGGGUGUUCAUCGUCCACCCUGACGUGAAGUGGGGCAGCAGGAAGCAGCACCUGACCACAGCCGAGCUGAUGAUGGCUGAGGCUGUGGGGCUCGUAAACACUCUGGACAACUGGAGGGUGGUGGACAAGAUCAUCAUGUCCACCAAGACACCAGAGAAGAAGAAGAUCUUUGGCAAAGGCAACUUCCAGGCUCUCACAGAGAAAAUCAGGCAAACAGCAGGAAUCACUGCUGUGUUUGUGAAUGUGGAGCGUCUGUCUCCUCUGUCUGAGAGGGAGCUGGAGGAAGCCUGGGGGGUUAAAGUCUUUGACAGAUACUCAGUGGUCCUGCACAUCUUCCGCUGCAACGCCAGGACUAAAGAGGCCAAGUUACAGAUCUCUCUGGCAGAGAUCCCUUUGUUAAGAACUCGCCUGAAAAAUGAAAUCGCGAACUUCGACCAGCAGGGUGGAGGAACGAGAUACAUCGGAGGCUCAGGUGAGACCCUGCUGGAGAUCCAGCAGAGGCUGCUGAAGGAGCGGGAGAUGAAGAUCCGCGCAGUGCUGGAGAAACUGCGGCGGAAGAGGCACCUGCUGCGAUCUCAGCGUAAACACAAGGAGUUCCCCGUCGUCUCUGUGCUGGGAUACACAAACUGUGGAAAAACGACUCUGAUCAAAGCUCUGACUGGUGACAGUGGUCUUCAACCCAGAAACCAGCUGUUCGCCACCCUGGAUGUCACCGUCCACGCCGGCCAGUUGCCCAGUCACAUGACCGUCCUGUACGUGGACACCAUCGGCUUCCUGUCGCAGCUGCCUCACCAGCUCAUCGACUCCUUCUCCGCCACCCUAGAAGAUAUUAAACACUCGGAUUUGCUGGUCCACGUCAGAGACAUCAGUCAUCCAGAGACGGUGAACCAGAAGGUGAACGUGCUGAACGUCCUCAAGAACCUGCAGAUCCCUGACAGGCUGCUGAGCUCCAUGAUAGAAGUCUACAAUAAAAUUGACCUCAUUGACAACUAUCAGUCAACAGAGCCCCACGCGCUGCCCAUAUCUGCCCUGGAAGGACGAGGCCUUGACGAGCUGAAGAAAGCCGUGGAAGAAGAGAUUGUGAACUCCACAGGAAAACAUAUUUUAGACCUCCAAGUCGACCUCAGCACUCCUCAGCUCAGCUGGCUGUACAAGGAAGCCACCGUCAAGGACGUGCAGGUGAAUGCAGAUGAAGGCUCAGCUGUUGUCAAGGUCAUCAUCAGCACCGCUGCUUACGGACGCUACAAGAAACUGUUCGCCGGCAGAUAGCGGAGAGAGAUCCUUCAUGCUGCACGUCUAAAAAGACGACUGUUACUUUUACUUUUGUAAAGUGUUUUAAAAUAUUCAAAGUAUGAUUCUGUAAAAGAAUGACGUACAUUCUUGUGAAUACAUAAAUUGCAAAAAACA